AUGGAGAAGGCUUUCACACUAGCUCUUAUAACCGAUGAGAAGAAAGUUGAGUAUGCCUCUUAUUUUCUGAAAGGUGAAGCAAACUAUUGGUGGGAGUCAGCCCGUGCUUUGGAAGAAGGUGAGUUUAUUGCUUGGGAUAGAUUCAAGAAGAUUUUCUUGGACAAGUAUUUUCCAAGGUAUAUGCAAACUCAGAUGGAGUUGAAGUUCUUUGAGUUGAAGCAAGAAGGAAUGACUAAGGCAAUGGUGAUUGAAGGAGAAAGUGAUCAGAAUCAGAAGGAGAAGGACAACAAGAAGAGGAAGUUUGUGAAUAAAGGUGAAGGUUCGGCUCAAAGGAGCCAAAGUGGGAAGAAUUUCAAUAAAUUUGGAUUUCAGAAUCAAGGAGGUCCCCGAGGUUUUAAGAAGAGUGAUAAUAGGAACCCAAAGAGGAUUCAAGGACCGAGUAGUCAAAAGAGUCAACAAGCAACUUCAGAAUGCAAGUUCUGCAAUAAGAAACACACGGGAAAUUGUAAUAAGGCGGAUAUCGUCUAUUUCAAAUGCAACUCGAAGGGUCAUUAUGCGAACGACUGUUAG